AUGAAACAGAGAGCCCUUCCUUUCUUUGUCGGCCUUCUUGUGGCCCUGCUGUUUCCAGGAAAGGCAGAAAGGUGGCUUAGUCCCGGGGGUCAGGCUCUUUCGGCAAUUGUCACUGUGGGGUUGUCCAGUGCCCUCUCUGUUAACCACUUAGCCAUGGAACCUCCCAAUUUCUCCAAGCAAGAAUUUCCUGGACAAGGAACAAAUGGGUCUUGGUUGUUGCAUCACAGAGUGAGUCGCUUACCUCCGCGGACAUUCCUUUAUACAGAGCCUGGACCAAAUUACUGAAUUUUCAACCGCAAGAGAAGCGAGGGCUACUGUCAAGAACACUGUAAUCUGGUUCAAGCAUGGGUAGGCGACCAUUCGAGAAAGAACGAAACCUGCUGCUACGAGCAGAGUGGACCGAGGGAGCCAGGAAACAUGAAGGUCUUGUUAUUCUUUGCUGUUUUCUUCUGCUUGGUCCGAGGAAACUCAGGGGACAUUCCACCCGGAGUCAGAAACACCGUCUGCCUCAUGCAGUACGGCCGCUGCAGACUCUUUCUGUGUCGUUCUGGUGAGAAAAGGGGGGACAUCUGCUCUGACCCCUGGAACAGGUGCUGCAUUCCCAGCUCCCUUGAAAACAGAAGACAGGCGACAUAGGAGGGAAGAGCUGGGACCUGGGGUGCAAGCCUCUGGAAGGUGGAGCCCCGGAAACACCUCAAAGCCUUUGAGGGUGGGCAUCUGAUGGCGUGAGCUCAAUAAACACUUGCUGAAUGACUGUA